UCAUUUUCGUCCCUGAAAGAUACCUCGAUUUCCAUUUUCGUCCCCGAAAGUCAAAAUUAAUCAAAAGCCUCCUCGAAAGAUACCUGACUUGAUCACGUUCGUCCUUCCGUUAUCUCCGCAGUUGAGAUGGCAAACGUCCGCUUACGUGGUCCGUUAACUGCCAAGGUGGCAAAGAACCAAAACGACGUCGUUUUGGUAGAUGCCUACUGGCGUUGAAACGUCGCCGUUUUAUCUUCAAAAGGGGGUAAGUUUCCGAAUUUCGAUCACAAACAACUGUUCAUCAAUGGAUUCCUUCUCCCAAAAACCUAAACCCAGAAACUCUCACUACCCAGAAGUAAUCGAUUCCAACCUCGAAGCCAAUUCAUCCUUCCAAAAACCUAAUCAUCAACAGCAGAGUUCUCUCUACCCUUCCUUUGACGUUGAUGACCUCAGCGACCUUGUCCGAACCCUAUUUCCCCGAAAUGACACCAGAAGCAGCGAUGGCAGUGUUCAUUCGCCGUCUGCUCCACCGGCCGCUACCAAGGAGGUCCUCAUUAGGAUCCCCGACGCCAUCCUCAACCUCGUCGACACCCACUACAGCGUCGAGCUCGCUUCCGACGACUUCUCCAUCAUCCGCCUCCGGCAGGGUGACAGCGCCGUCGCCGUUUACGCCUGCGUUGCCGACAAGAUCCAAUGGCCCCUCGCCAAGGACGAAACUGCCGUCAAGGUCGACGACUCUCACUACUUUUUCUCCUUCCGACCUCCCAAGGGCUCCGAAUCCAAUUCCGAUUCCGACGAAGAAGAUCAGCGUAGCCGCGGGUAAGAUAAGAACGGUUCCGAUCUGCUGAGCUAUGGGUUGACGAUUGCGUCAAAGGGGCAAUAGGGUUCCACUUCCCCAUUCUUCUGCUACUCUCUCUUCAUCUUUCUCUCUUUCCAUCUCUCACUCUUCACUCUUCAAACCCAGGUACUUGAAGGCUUGGAUCCUGUUAAGAAAAGACCUGAAAUAUAUAUUGGAAGCAUUGGCCCGCGUGGGUUGCAUCAUAGUUUUGUGGUGUAUUUUAUCUGACUGAACCAGAGUGCAUCUUAGGUUUAUGAAAUUUUGGAUAAUACUGAUUUUGCUGUACAUAGUAUACUGAUUUUGCUUUCUAUAUUAAUCAAGAACUAUGCUAUGAUAUUGUGCAUAUGGAAUUACUAAAAUUUGCGGUACAUCUUUUUCAAU